UAUCCACCGUCAUCCACAGUCAUCCUUCGUAAACCACAAUCAUCCAUCGUCAUCUACGGUCAUCCUCCAUCAUCCACCGUAAUUAACCAUAAUUCAACUAGAUCCACCUUCAUUUACUGUCAUCCUCCGUCAUACAUUGUAAUCCACCGAAUUCCACCGCAAACAAUCACUUUCACUUUUAUUAUCACUAUCAUACAACAUCCGCUGUCAUCCAACUUCAUCCACUGUCAUCCACGGUUAUGUAGGACAAUUUUCCCCGGGAGUGAACUUUGCUUGACUCCAAAUUAGAUUUCUAGCAUACGUUACGUUCAUAGAUGGGCAUGGCUUAGUCUUUUGAUCCGUCGUGUUUACUACCGACUACCAAUUAAACAUGUUUAGUCUGUCUCUUAGUAUCUUGUCGAAAGUUUCCGCUUUGCCGAGAAAGUAAACAAUGUCUGAGUAGUUUCUGGAAGGCAGUACUUACGCUGCAAAUAUAAGGGAUUGACAGGGACAGAGGUUCACGGAGAUUGAGGUAGAGAUUCAGAUAGAUUGAUGGAUAUUUUUUUAACUUCACGAGACGUGUAUUAUUCUUUGUGUACUCAUAGGUUUUUAUUCGCAUUCGUCAUUAUUAAUUGGCAUAUUCUACUAAUUGUGUACCGGUACAAGACAUUCUCAUACUCUGUAGGUUGAUCAUUUGUAAUUAUAUUUUCUUUUGUUUUGUAAUUACAUUAUUAGUGAUUUAAAUCGUAUUAAUUGUAAUUGGUAUUGUUUUAGGUGUCGUAUUUUAGUUAUUUUAUUUCUCUAUGGUAUCUUCCUUUGUUAGGUACUGCUUGAACGAGCCAUAAAUUUAAAAUAGGAGAUUAAUUUCUCACAAUAGAAGGCAGUGCGUAACACCACUGUCAUCCACAGUCAGCCACUGUCACUCAUCGUCAUCCACCAUGAUUCACGGUCAUCCACCAACAUCAACCGUGAUCCACGGGCAUUGACGGUCAUCCUUUGUCAUCAUCCAUCAUCCACCAUCAUCCAAAGUCAUCCAUAUGUAUCAACCGACAACUACUGUCAUCCACCAUCAUCCACCGUCACCCAACGUCAUCCAAUGUCAUUCACUGUCAUCCAAUGUCAUUCACUGUCAUCCAACGUAAUCGUUAGUCUUUCAAGGACAUUCACAGUCAUCCUAUUUCAUCCAGCGUCAUCUAACGUCAUCUUAAGUCAUGCAAAGCCAUCCACUAUCAUCCACCAUUAUCUAACGUCAUCCUCGGUCAUCCACUGUCAUCCACUUUCAUUGACCAUCAUU